AUGUGUAGUGCUCAGGGCAGAAUGGCCGCGUAUCGUCUGCUUGCUGCUAUUGGAGAAGAUGAUGAUCUUAUGCUAUUAUCAUUGAAAGGAGGUGAGCUCGAGACUGAAAAACCAUUGUUUAAUUUUGAAGACCUUACGAACGAGAAAUGCAAAACUUUGUUUCGGUUUGAGAAGGACGAUAUUCCAUUGUUGUGUCAUGCUCUACAAAUACCACCUAAAAUUGAAUGUACGAAUAGGACGACAUGUUCCGGCCUUGAAGGCAUAUGCAUUCUUUUAAGACGCUUGGCAUACCCUCACCGUCUAAGUGACUUGUAUUCUCUCUUUGGAAGAUCGUCCACAGCUAUGUCUUUCAUUAUCAAUGAACUCUUGGACUUUCUACAUGAUACGCACGGACACUUGUUAUGGGAUCUGAAUAGAUCAUGGUUGUCAGAGCAAAAUCUGGAUGAGUUUGCUAAUGCCGUCCGAGCACGUGAGGGGCCUCUUCCAAACUGUUGGGGUUUUAUUGAUGGAACCGUGCGGCCUGUUUGUAGACCCACACACCAUCAGAAAUUGAUAUACAAUGGUCAUAAGAGAGUGCAUGCACUUAAAUAUCAAAGCGUAGUUACACCUAACGGCCUUGUCGUAAACAUGUUUGGUCCUAUAGAAGGGAAAAGACAUGACGCUGGAAUGUUGCGAGAGAGUCAGCUUCAGCAGCAGAUGCGCCAGUACAUGACAACGCCAACUGGAGAUAUGUAUGCGGUGUAUGGGGACCCGGCUUAUCCGCUGACGCCGUACAUCAUCACACCAUACAGAGGAGGGGUUGUUUCGGCCAACCAGGCACUAUUUAAUAAAAAGAUGUCAGCUGUUCGUAUAUGCGUUGAAUGGACAUUCGGGAAAAUCCUUGCCCUGUUUUCCUUCCUUGAUUAUAAGAAAAACCUGAAGUUAUAUUUGCAGCCAGUUGGCAAAUACUAUCUGGUAGGAACGCUUCUGACUAAUUGUCACAGCUGUUUAUAUGGUAACCAGACUAGCCAGUUCUUCGGUGUGGAACCCCCAACUUUGCAGAGUUACAUAUCGGGAUGA